AUGGCGCCCCUAGUUGUCGGAGUGCGAUGAAUUUUUAGGAGUUUUCUGCUAUUUUGCGUUUGACAGUUGACGAAAAGAUGCCUGUUGACAUUAAUCGAUUGACGGAAGGUUGGCUAGAACUAGAAAGUGACCCAGGUCUGUUCACGUUGCUCUUGGAAGACUUUGGUGUGAAGGGCGUCCAAGUGGAGGAGAUCUAUGAUCUGCAAAAGUCUCUAGAAGGCCCAGUCUAUGGCUUCAUUUUCUUAUUUCGGUGGAUUGAAGAACGACGAUCUAGGCGAAAGGUCGUGGAACAGGAUGAGAGCUUCGUCAAGGACGAGGAGAUUGUUAACAAUAUCUUCUUCGCUCAGCAGGUUGUCCCCAACAGUUGCGCCACUCACGCACUGCUCUCAGUGCUGCUAAAUUGCCCGAAUAUCCACUUAGGCACGACUCUGUCACGAUUGAAGAUGCAUACCUCCGGUAUGUGUCCAGAGAACAAGGGUUGGGCGAUCGGCAAUACGCCAGAACUAGCCUGCGCGCACAACUCGCAUGCAAUGCCUCAAGCGAAGAGACGACAAGACAAGAACACUGGUGUUUCCACGGGUAGGUUCACCGGCGAGGCUUUCCAUUUUGUCAGUUACGUACCGAUAAAUGGUAGGCUGUUUGAGCUAGAUGGCUUGAAACCCUAUCCCAUGGAUCACGGACCAUGGAAGGAACAUGAAGAAUGGACAGAGCAGUUUAGACGCGUCAUUACUGAUCGUUUAGGGAUGGCAACUGGCGAACAGUUGCAAGAUAUCAGAUUCAAUCUAAUGGCCGUCGUACCCGACAGACGUCUCGCUAUUUCGCAUAAAUUAACGAUGCUGAAGACCAACAGACAGAUAGUCUUAGAGGCUUUGCAGCAGUUAAUGAAAUUAAGUCAUCAAGAUGGCAACGUCGAGAAGAAUUCGCAUAAAGAGAUUGAUCCUGAUAAAGAGAAACAGUAUGAGAAAAGAAACAAGACCGAGGAUGAAAAUGGAAUGCCUAAGACGGAGAUUGAAGAAUCGCCUACAAUUCCCACUAUCAAUGUUGAAAGAAAUAACGAUUCAGCGGUGGUUAUGGAUGAAUCAGUCUCUGGCAUCGCAUCUGGAAAAACCGAAUCCACUGGAAUGGAGAAAGUAGUGAUGUGCGCUCUAGAUUACGCCACGCCGUUACGAAUUCAAACUUCACCAGCUCACAGCUCGUCGAGUACAGAUACAUCGUCGGAAAUCGGAUCGGCCUUCAAUUCGCCCACUCAAGCUUGGGGAUGGAAUUCUGGUCAGAGCAGCCCCACGUCGACGAAGGACUUCAAGAAGUUUGUGGUAAUUAGGGUUGCUGGUGACGAGAAGAACGAAGCGGGUUUGAGUCGUUCUCUGGGAAAUAUCAAUAUAAACGGGAAAAGAUUGGUUUCUGACAGUGGCCAUUUACACAAGAAGGUCUGCUUAUCGGGUGAAGUCAGAAUUCCUCACGCGAGGGUGAAAACUAGCAACGGCGACACAGUCACAGAGGAGAAGAAAGUCGAGAAAAUCGAUCCUAAACUGUGCUCCAAGUAUCCGGAAUUGUUCGAGCCGCACACGUUCGCGCCCAAGGAUCUCUUGGCGUUGUUGAAAAAUUUGGAGCACGAGAUCAGUGUGUGUGAGACCAGCCUGAAGGACGAGAACGACAAAAGAAACAAAUACAAGAUCGAUGAUUGCCGGAGAACGCAUAAUUACGACGAAUUCAUUUGCACCUUCCUCUCUAUGCUUGCUCAGCAGGGAAAACUAGCAGAGUUGGUCCAGCAACAUCUAACGUUAAAGAAGCAUUCUUCCGUUUCGGUGAAUAGGGUUCACAGGUCAUCGAAAAAAUCGGAUACCCGUCAGAACUCCUCACGCAGACGUCGUGGUAGAACAAAAUGUAAAAAGCGAAAGUAAUUUUUAACUACUAGCGUAGUUUUAAAGCUUAGGGCAUUCCGUCUGUUAAGCAUUAUUUGGAUUAUUAUAACGGGCAUCCAUGAAACACAUCCUAUAGAAAUCAUUUGAUAGUUUUACAAAAUCACGUAAAGAGACCAUAUAUCUAUAACAUAACAGAGCGAUUCUAUCUAAAUUAUACGUAAAUACUUCAGAAAGUGAAUUUAGUGUCCGAAACAAGAAGCAAAAAAGUCGCGCGAAUGUAGGGCGUUUAUUCUCCGAGGUAAAAUAAAUUAAAAUAUUCAAAAUGUUUUUUCUAUAUUCGUACGACUUUUUCUGCUCUCUGGCUUCAAAUUUACUGUGCGGUAUUGACGUUAAAAAACACCCUGUAUAAUUUCUAAAUAUUAUCUUUUCAGAAUCAAUGACUUAUCGUUAGCUCGAUAUUUCUAGUUUUUUUAGCAAUGUAUUUUUUAGACGAUCAUAGGACUGAUUUUAACUCAAAAUGCUAUUAUUACUUUUUAUCACUCUGUACAAACUAUUUUACAAUGGCAAAGUAUACAUAUAUAUAUUUUUUAUAUUCUUUGUAUAAUCAGCUGUGUGUGGUGUUUAAUUGUCUAAAGUAGAUAUUUAUGCUUACUUUUCAGAUAUAUAUUCUGUCCUUUUCUGAAUCAUAUUUCGUAUAAAAUAUAUACAUAUAACUUAUUGUAAAAGCAUAACAUGGCAUUUCUUUUUUGCUGAAUUAUUGAAGAGAAGAAGGAAGGGAGGCGCCAGGAAGUCAAAGAAUCAGGAGAGGGGCUUUGUGUCAAAAACAUUGAAAAUAUUUAUUUAUCGGUAUUCAUAUACAAGUACACUACACGCGCUGUGGAUAUGUCCCUUAGAAUCUAAAUACUUACAUCUCCGAGCAGCGCCGGAGAAAGGAGAACCAAGCUUCUUCGAUUGGAAUUACGGCUGGUUUUUUUUUUUAAAUCGUAAAUCGGACGACGGGUCAUCGAUCCUCGCCUCUAAGUCGCUUUACCGUUAGUAUAGUGCAUAGGAACUGUAGUCGAAACGCGCGCGAAACGAUUUCGCGGGGGCACAAUUCAGGAGAGUAGAAGUGGAAGAGGGAAAAGGGAGCGGGGCAGAAAGGGCGUAAGAGUGUCGUUCCUUCUCCGGCCGACGCUCCGGCGGUUCUCGUAACUGCUUUUUGGCAAAAAGGUGCGAUUGUAUAUUUACAAAUUGUUUGUAACGUGUCGGCUCUCUCGCGAUCGCGUCGCAUUAUCGUGAUCAUUCGAGGCGAGCGAGGCAAAAGUGCGCGAGUAAUCGGGAUGUAUUUCUGUGUGUAUGUAUAUGUGUAUACGUGAGUGUUGUAUUUAUGUGUAUGUAUCUGGAUCUAUGUAUCCUCAAAAAGGUUUAGAGCGAAUCUCACUCUGAAGAGUGAAAUGUCACUCUUUAAAGAUAUUGAAAAUUGAGUCACUCUUUUCCAAGACUGGUUCAGUUUUCACUCUUUAGAGUGAGAUUCCAUCGCGAAGAAUUUAAAGAGUGUAUUAAAUCCGGAAUCGUGUCGAGACCUCGUCGUUGAUCGUGGAAAUCGCGGGCACUCGUUAGCUAACAAUAGAAGACAACGUAUUUACACGGUGCAGCAUCCCCGUAUCUCUCGCCGACCGCGGUCGAGAAACGCAUAUGACUUCGUCGUUACAAACAGGCACUCUCGGUAUUUUACAGCGACGCGACUGCGAUGUUGCUGGCAAACAUCGUUCUUUGCAGGAUAUCGGAGCUCAGCGACGACGAUUCGGAACGUUUUAUUGCUAUUUACGAUCGUAUCUGAACGCGUUGUUGAAUCAACGUCGUUGUUCUUACGUUUGCACUUUGUACGUUCAGCCCCUCCUUAUAGAAAUAUGUAUAAUGUAUUAUAUUAUAAUACUGGAAGGUGUAGUGAUUAAUUACUUAUUAAGCACUGAGAACAACGAUGCUUUUAGUACUCAAAAUAAAUAAAUAAUCAUUAUCUUUCAGUAGACAUUAAUUGGAUUUCUGUAAAGACCUCGAUGUCGGCCGCGGAAUUUACAAGCAUACCGUAUACAAAAUAUGGAACAUUCACGGCCGGGGGAAGUAUCGAAAAAAAAAUAUAUAUAUGGGGGCAAGAGAAGGUAAUGACGAGAUCCUGUGCGAGAAGGGAUUCCAAAACGCCGUCGAUCUUCCGGCUUCAGUUUCCUCCUCGUCGUCGUCGCACGCUCCGCCGUAUAACAUAGGCGAUUAAUGUACAAUAAAUAGAGAUGCCUUUUCGCUAUUAAGCGGCCCUUAGGUGAUCAAUAUUGUUGCAGAAUGAGAUAUUGCACAAUAUUAGCUGCUUUCCAUUUAGCAAAACUCAAAUAAUUUGUGACGUCAUAACUCAGCUGAAUGCAGGUUUCUUUUCAUUCUAUGACAAGUGAGAGUCAAUCGAGUUUUCAUGUACAAUCUGCACAAGUUGUGUGUUUUACCGACAAUGAGUCUUGUUAACCUCACAUUAGUGAGGUUUAUAAACUGUGUUGUUAUGCGAUAACUUUGUCAUCAAAGUAAGCAAGUAGUGACACAUAACUUUAGACUCGACAUAUCGCUUGGGUGAAAUUGGAAAGCAACUAUUAUUGAUCUAUAUUGAGCCCAAGAUUGUUUUGAAUUGUUUAAAGGGUUUAUAAGUAAUUUAGGCCUGUUCCUUUUAGUUUUUCGCAGGGCUCAUCUUCCCUCCCUUUUUCUUCAACGUGAAGAGAAAUGGAAGAAAGAUGAGCCGUGCAAAAAGUUGAGCUAAAAGGAACAAAGCCAUUGUAGAAAAUAAUUCGACAAUAAUAUGGAGCGUCUAAGGGCCGUCUUUACGGUUCCCAGAUUAACGUCGAUUCGCGCCUCUAUCGCUCUAGCGUAUCACAUUGGUAAAAACGUAUGGUUGAUCGAUCGGGGAACAAUGAUCGGCAAAGUAUCGCCGGUUCUUUCUUCACGUCGCCGACUUCGUUUCAUUAUCGUCGGAUAGAUAUUUUACCUUUCUCGUUCUCCCCUCGCGCUUUCGGGAAAAAUCACACUUUGGUUCCGAUCGGUGGACUCGGUGCGAUCCGGGCCGCGAUUUCAAUUCCGACCGGUCUCUCACUGAUUACACAAUCAGUCUCUCGCACCUACGAAUCGGCGACGGCACAAUCGAGCACUGCACGUGCGUUACAGCUCCUUUUUCAAUGAUAUCGAAAAAUACAUUAAUUUGAAAAAUAUAUAU